AUGUCAACGUUUGUCUUUACGUUGGCCUGGAGGCAGUCAUCUCGGUUCUGUCAUAUCAGGCCGAUCAAACAUGCCACUUCUAAUGUCUUGUCUACAAAAACAAGUUCAGUAACAGGCAGUAUUUUUGAGCAAAUUCCUAAAGAGGAGCUGGCACCGAAAACAAGACCACGGCUGCGAGACAGGGAGUUUCUCCCAGGCUCAACAGGUGACGGAUUCCCAGAGUUCUUGGCAGAGCCAAGUGACUCUUUCCCGGUCGGUAUGCGAGUCAAUACUGGAGACAAAUCCUCUCUCUUAGAACUGGGUGCAAAUUGCAUGGAAUACAUAAAGACGAACCUUGCUAAUAGCCAGGCGAUAUUGUUCCGCGGACUUCCAGCUGAAACAGCAGAGGACUUCUUGGCCUUAACCCAAGGAAUGCGAGGCAAGCCUCUGAACUACGAGGGUGGUGCUACACCCAGACCCAAGGAAUUGAAAAAUUCUGACAUCUACUUCGCCACUACUGAGCCCGGAGCGUACACCAUCGAGUUACACAAUGAAAUGGCGUAUCUCAAGACUUUCCCCAGGAAGGUAUGUCUAGAAUGAAAUAAAGGCGAGUGAUGCUGAGGUGCCGAGGUAUUUUGUGGGCGCCCCACACCACCCCAAUCUGUCACCAGGUUUAUGAUGCGCUAUCACUAAUUCAGUAGUUCUUUCGCUAAUCCAUACAUUCGUUCAUUGUGGAUAAGUUUACUUGAACUUUGGUUUAUUUGUUUUCUCGUUUUCUUGUUCUUUCGUUCAUUCACUUGUUCACUUGUUCACUUGUUCACUUGUUCACUUGUUCACUUGUUCACUUGUUCACUUGUUCACUUGUUCACUUGUUCACUUGUUCACUUGUUCACUUGUUCACUUGUUCACUUGUUCACUUGUUCACUUGUUCACUUGUUCACUUGUUCACUUGUUCACUUGUUCACUUGUUCACUUGUUCACUUGUUCACUUGUUCACUUGUUCACUUGUUCACUUGUUCACUUGUUCACUUGUUCACUUGUUCACUUGUUCACUUGUUCACUUGUUCACUUGUUCACUUGUUCACUUGUUCACUUGUUCACUUGUUCACUUGUUCACUUGUUCACUUGUUCACUUGUUCACUUGUUCACUUGUUCACUUGUUCACUUGUUCACUUGUUCACUUGUUCACUUGUUCACUUGUUCACUUGUUCACUUGUUCACUUGUUCACUUGUUCACUUGUUCACUUGUUCACUUGUUCACUUGUUCACUUGUUCACUUGUUCACUUGUUCACUUGUUCACUUGUUCACUUGUUCACUUGUUCACUUGUUCACUUGUUCACUCACUUGUUCACUUGUUCACUUGUUCUUGUUCACUUGUUCACUUGUUCACUUGUUCACUUGUUCACUUGUUCACUUGUUCACUUGUUCACUUGUUCACUUGUUCACUUGUUCACUUGUUCACUUGUUCACUUGUUCACUUGUUCACUUGUUCACUUGUUCACUUGUUCACUUGUUCACUUGUUCACUUGUUCACUUGUUCACUUGUUCACUUGUUCACUUGUUCACUUGUUCACUUGUUCACUUGUUCACUUGUUCACUUGUUCACUUGUUCACUUGUUCACUUGUUCACUUCUUCACUUCUUCACUUCUUCACUUCUUCACUUGUUCACUUGUUCACUUGUUCACUUGUUCACUUGUUCACUUGUUCACUUGUUCACUUGUUCACUUGUUCACUUGUUCACUUGUUCACUUGUUCACUUCUUCACUUCUUCACUUGUUCACUUGUUCACUUCUUCACUUCUUCACUUGUUCACUUCUUCACUUCUUCACUUCUUCACUUGUUCACUUCUUCACUUCUUCACUUGUUCACUUCUUCACUUCUUCACUUGUUCACUUCUUCACUUCUUCACUUCUUCACUUCUUCACUUCUUCACUUCUUCACUUGUUCACUUGUUCACUUGUUCACUUGUUCACUUGUUCACUUGUUCACUUCUUCACUUCUUCACUUCUUCACUUCUUCACUUCUUCACUUCUUCACUUCUUCACUUCUUCACUUCUUCACUUGUUCACUUCUUCACUUCUUCACUUGUUCACUUGUUCACUUGUUCACUUGUUCACUUGUUCACUUGUUCACUUGUUCACUUGUUCACUUGUUCACUUGUUCACUUGUUCACUUGUUCACUUGUUCACUUGUUCACUUGUUCACUUGUUCACUUGUUCACUUGUUCACUUGUUCACUUGUUCACUUGUUCACUUGUUCACUUGUUCACUUGUUCACUUGUUCAUUAGUCCAUUAGUUCACUGCCUCAUUGCUUCACAGGUUCAUCGGUUUAUUCGCUAGCACGAUUAUUUUUUCAUUCGUCCACUUGUUGAUUCUUCCAUUCUUUUAUCCGUCUAUUAAUUUUCUAAUGCAUUAAUUGAUCUUCUUCAGGUUUUAUUUUUCUGCCAAAAAGAGCCUGGCGAGAGUUGUGGUGGCGAGACUCCUUUGGCUAAAUGCAGCGACAUUGUAUCCAAACUUGAUCCCGAAGUCGUGAAAAAGUUCGACGUAAAAGGGGUCAUGUAUGUACGAUAUCUGCCGGACAAAUCACGGUCAGACUACAUGCCCUGGCAGCAUCAGUUUUACACUGACGACAGAAAGGUAAUACAACUUGGUUCACAUCAGGAAUCCCAUGUAAGAAUUGAUUGUCCUUUGAAGACAAAAAAUAUUGUGGAGAUUUCAAAAGAAAAUGACGAUUUUCAAUCUCGAACCCGGUAUAGAAUUUACAGUGAUGACCUUAUUCACUCUUUUAGGUAGCAGAAAGAGGAGCACAGCAGCAAGGUUACACUGUAAAAUGGGACGAUAACGGUGAUAUGUACCUGACUUACAGCGCACCGGCCUUUCUUUCUCAUCCAGUAACAGGAGAAAAAAUCUGGUUCAACCAAAUAACAACUCACCACUGUACUUACUCGAAAGCACUGCCACAGUACAAAGGUUCUGAUCUCCCGGAUGAGAAAUAUCCCCAUCACACCUAUUAUGGAGACGGAAGUGACAUCGAGCCGGAAGUGUUACAACACAUCAGAGCAGUUUCAUGGUCAUGCGCAACUGGAUUUCGGUGGAAGAAGGGUGAUUUAAUAGCGCUUAAUAAUCUGAACGUUCAGCAUGGACGAAUGGCCUUCACGGGAGAGAGAAAAAUACUGGUGCAUAUGACGGCAGAUUAA